AUGGAACUUCACUUUCUAUCGUUCUCUUUCUUCCUUUCAUCUCUCUUUUGCUACUUACUUUUCCGACAAUACUUCAACCGUCACAAAAACCUCCCUCCAUCACCACCUUUCAAACUUCCAAUCAUUGGCCACAUGCAUCUCUUAGGUCCUCUCCUCCAUCAAACCCUUCACAAUUUCUCCCUCAAGUAUGGUCCAUUAUUCUCUCUUAACUUCGGUUCUGUCCUCUGCAUAGUCGCUUCCUCCCCUCACUUCGCCAAACAACUCCUUCAAAACAACGAACUCUCCUUCAACUAUCGCAUCCAAACCACCGCGAUUAAACGUCUAACUUACGAUUCCUCUCUAGCUUUUGCACCUUACGGCGAUUACUGGAGGUUCAUCAAAAAACUUAGUAUGAAUGAACUACUAGGCUCUCGUAGCAUAAACAACUUCCAGCACUUGAGAGCGAAAGAAACACAAAACUUCAUGACACUUUUGGCUAACAAAGCCAAAACAUGCGAGACAGUGAACAUAACCGAGGAGUUGUUGAAGUUGACGAACAAUGUCAUUUCUAAGAUGAUGUUAGGAGAAGUUGAGGAAGCUAGGGAGGUUGUCCGCGGAGUGACAGAGAUUUUCGGAGAGUUUAAUGUUUCAGAUUUUAUCUGGUUGUUUAAGAAAGUUGACUUCCAAGGAUUCGGAAAAAGGAUAGAGGAUUUGUUUCUUAAAUUUGAUACAUUGGUUGAAAGAAUUAUUUGCAAAAGAGAAGAAACGAGGAAGAAGAACAAAGGACAGAAUUCCAACGGUCAAGCUAGAGAUUUUCUUGAUAUCUUACUUGAUUUUGUUGAGAAUCAAACUUCCGACGUGAAAAUUCAAAGGGUUCAUAUCAAGGCCUUGACUAUGGAUUUUUUCACAGCGGGGACGGACACAACAGCAAUAUCAACCGAAUGGGCAUUAGUUGAACUCAUGAAAAAUCCAUCUUUACUUCAACAAGCUCGCGAGGAAAUCGAGAGCAUAGUAGGAAAAAAUAGAGUUGUUGAAGAAUCUGAUGUUCCGAAUCUUCCAUAUCUGCAAGCAAUCAUAAAAGAGACUUUUCGUCUUCAUCCGCCGGUGGCCAUGGUUACGAGAUGCUGUGUAAGCGAGUGCAAAGUUGAAAACUAUGUGAUCCCGGAAAACUCAUUACUCUUUGUUAACGUUUGGUCUAUGGGAAGAAAUCCAGAAAUUUGGAAAAAUCCAUUGGAGUUUCGUCCAGAGAGAUUCUUGAAAGAUGGUGAAGGAGAUUCGGUUGAUGUUAGGGGACAGCAUUUUCAGCUUCUACCGUUUGGAUCAGGAAGAAGAAUGUGUCCUGGUGUUUCAUUAGCCAUGCAAGAAAUUCCAGCAUUGCUUGGUUGUAUUAUUCAGUGUUUUGAUUUUAAGGUUGUGGAUAAUAAAACUGGUGAGAUUUUGAAUGAUGUUGGAGAUAUGGAUGUUGAUGAACGCCCAGGAUUGACUGCUCCAAGGGCUCAUGAUCUUUUGUGUGUUCCUGUUGAAAGGAUAAAGUGUGAGGCUGCUUGA